AGCAAUAUUACUUAUUGCUAUUCAGCAUCACCGUAAUUGAUUGGCUAGAGAAACUAAUCUUACCAAGAAAAAAUUAUGUUCUGUAUCUAUCUUGAAAACUAAAGCGCUGCUGCAGUAACUUCACUCAGAACAACAAAUCCCGAAAGUCAUUGCAGUAGGCAGGCUUUGUUUGAGUUGCGUCAUCAAAUUUGCUCUAGAAUGUUCUACGGUGUUCUUCGGAAGGUCGCCAUCUUUGAGAACGACAUCGCGGAGGCAUUUUGCUGAUUUCUUUGUACUUAAUCUUCAAACCGACGAAAAUUCUUCGCAUUCGAAGCGUACAACUGCUGACCAAGAUGCGUCACUCUAAGCGAAUGCGCUCACCAGGUGUAUGGAUUGAUGAAUACAGCUGGGAAGAAAGAAUGGAGUGUCGUAAACGCAAGAAACGAGAUUCAAACAGCAGUGAAAGAGAGAAUAAAUCUAGAAAAACUCAUCAUCACCACAAGAUGUUUGAGGGGCAUUACCUGGAGGCUCGCAGUCUUAACCAGAGGCUGGAUUCUCAGGAAGAGCACACUCGAGACUAUUGUGUGACCAUGGUGUGUGAUGACAACAGUCGUGAUGAUACAUGCAAGGACAGAGAUCUUGACUGGCACCACUACAGCAAGUCGUCUGGACGUAGUGGGCACAGUGGACAUAGCAGUCGCAGACAGAGAGACAGAAGGCGCAGGCGUAGCUACUCUCGCCACAGGUCCUCCUCGAGGAGGAGCCAUCACCGCAGGAAAAGAUCCAGGAGUGUUGAGGAUGAUGACGAGGGUCACCUCAUCUAUCACAGUGGAGACAUGCUGAGAGCGAGAUAUGAGAUUGUGUGCACUCUUGGAGAGGGCGCCUUUGGGAAAGUUGUCGAGUGCAUUGAUCACUCAAAUGAAGGGGCUCGAGUAGCUCUGAAGAUCAUAAAAAAUAUAGACCGCUACCGAGAGGCAGCUUUGUCUGAGGUUGAGGUGCUUAAACAGUUGAAUUCCCUUGAUGCUUCCAGGAAAUAUGCAUGCGUACGGAUGCUGGACUGGUUUGACUACCAUGGCCACAUUUGUAUUUCAUUUGAGCUGCUUGGGCUCAGCACUUAUGAUUUCCUCAAGGAAAACAACUUCCAGCCUUUCCCAAUUGAACAAAUCAGGCACAUGGCUUAUCAGAUCAUUCGAGCUGUGAAAUUUUUGCAUAAGAACAAGUUGACUCACACAGACUUGAAGCCUGAAAAUAUUCUCUUCAUAGAUUCAGACUAUGACAUGGAGUAUAAUCGUGAAAAGAGACGAGACGAACGGACACUGAGAAACCCAGAUGUGAUCAUUGUAGACUUUGGUAACGCCACUUAUGAUCAUGAGCAUCAUACUUCUGUUGUUUCAACUCGUCAUUAUCGCGCUCCUGAAGUUAUUUUAGACUUGGGCUGGAACCAUUCCUGUGAUGUCUGGAGUAUUGGCUGUAUCCUCAUUGAAUAUUACCUCGGGACUACACUCUUCCAGACACAUGACAGUAAAGAACAUCUUGCUAUGAUGGAGAGGGUCUUGGGCCCCAUCCCCACAAACCUCCUGGAGAAAACAAAGAAACGACGCUAUGUUCACCGAAACAAGCUGGACUGGGAUGCUCACGGCUCUGCUGGGAGAUAUGUCAGGAAACACUGCAGACCUCUCAAGCAUUACAUGGUGUCAAAGGAUGAUGACCACCGGCAGCUUUUUGACCUGAUAGAGAAGAUGAUGGAGUACGACCCGGCCAAACGCUUCAGCCUGGAGCAGGCCCUUCACCACCCGUUCUUUGACUGCUAUAACAAGAGCAGCAAAAGCAGGAGCAGCAGCAACUGUAGUGGUGAUAGCAAAUAAGGCUGAACUCUGAACAUGAAAACAUCAAGGUUUGCCUGUCACCAUGAUGUUUGUCAGUGCUCUGUACCAGGUUGUACUUCUGACUCUCCAGGAGAGAUGAACUCUGACUGUAUCAGUCACUGUCCUGCUCUUUAGUGCCCUGUCCCCCGCACCCACGUCUGAAGACUCCCUCUUUAAUAAGUCAGUCACAUAAUUUUCUUUGAUGUAAUGUUCCCCACUCCACAAUGUAUUUUCGCUGUAGAUAUUUAAACUGUAGCAUCUUAGCAUAUACUGGUGGAGCUUUUUCUUUUUGAUUAGAAGUCCAAUGUUUUUUUGUUUUUUGUUUUUUUGUGGUUUAACCAAUGUGAUGUGGGUGAUGAGUACAGUACCCUGAUAAGAAAUGUCUUUGAUCUGUACAUUGAUUGGGAUUGUACAUCUAUUAGAAUGUAGAGCAGGCAGAAAACAUGUAAAUAGACCUUGUUCAUAUAUUUUUCUUUUCCACUGAAUGGUUGUGUAAUUUUUUGCAGUGCCAUGUAAAUAAAUGUGACAGAAUCUGGCAGAA